AUGAACAAAGUGGACGCACCAUGCCGACCCGUCGCCUCUCUGAAAUUCACCAUUGACAACAUCCUCAAUCUCAAGACAAGCGGGAGGAACCGGGACAGCUGUCACCCCGCCGGAGUGCACGGUGGCUCCGCCACGGUCAUGCGUAAAGACGUCUUCCAGAGCCACCACGAGGAGCACGUAGCCAAGCAGCGACAAGACCCGGGCAGCAGACUGAACGACAGAGAGUUGCUGACAGACUGCAGGGGAGCAGCGGACUCGGUCAUCAUCAGCCGCGGGGACCCGAAGAAGGCGACGGAGGUGCGCUUCGAGAGCGGGGACAGCAGCUGCGACGACAGCAGUUCCACCACCACGGCCACGGACACCCACAAAGGUGGCAGCCCCGUCAAGAAGAGCAAAAUGAUCACGAAAAAGAAAACGCGCACUAUUUUUUCCAAGAGACAGAUCUUUCAGUUGGAGUCUACCUUCGACAUGAAACGCUAUCUGAGCAGCGCAGAGCGCGCCUGUCUCGCCAGUUCCCUGCAGCUCACGGAGACCCAGGUCAAAAUAUGGUUUCAGAAUCGCAGGAAUAAAUUGAAACGGCAAAUCUCAACCGAAAUCGACGGACCUGUUAGCGAUUUUUCUGAGACUGGAAAGCCCAUGGUGGUGGGGCAGCUCCCGGCCUUGUACAAAGAGAGCAACCUGCUGGGGAGGUGCCUGCUGCCCAUGCCUCUGCCCGUGGUCUACCCGGGGAGCAGCACGCCUUACCUCUGCUUCACUAACGCCAGCAAGUACUUCAGCCUGUACGACGGGGACGUAUGA